GUUGCAAACAUUUGAUGGAGGAGGGCAUGAAAAUCAUCACUUUAGCCCAAACCACAGGCUUUUAUAUACUCUACGAAGAAUGAAAAAGAUCUCUUUUAUUGUAACAAUCUUGAAUUAAUUAUCUGAUCUUCUUCAGUUCAAUAAUUUAUGAAUGUUUUAUCUGUCUGUUGAAACAGCAAUUUUUUACUCAACAUAAUAGCUCAGUGCAGCUCAUUGCGGUGGCAGGUAUCACUCAUACAGUACGCUAUUAUGCAUGAAUGAGAUAUUCAGCUGAAGGUCACACCCCAUGAAGCCUGUGACUUGCCUCUUCAGCCCAAUAUGAGAGGCGGCAGCCUUUCCCAUCCCUCCACUCCUUACUAUCUCUUCAUUCAGUCCUGCAGGUCGUGAUGUGUACAACAAACAAUCUACGAUAACAAGACUUUUCUUCUGCCAGCAUCACGGAUAAAUCUGGAUCAGCUGUGGGUUAAUUUGGUGUCUACAAAAGAGCAGAAUGUCUAAUAACAUGGCCAAGAUUGCAGAUGCACGAAAAACAGUGGAACAACUGAAACUGGAAGUUAAUAUUGACAGGAUGAUGGUAUCUAAAGCGGCAGCUGAGCUGAUGGCUUACUGUGAGUCCCAUGCAAAAGAGGACCCCCUGGUGACCCCCGUACCAUCCUCAGAAAACCCCUUCAGAGAGAAAAAGAUAUUCUGUACAGUUUUGUAGAUGCUAUAUAUAGGCUACAAGGUAUAUUGUAUUAUUUUCCCUUAGAUCUUAAAGAGAUAGUUCACCCAAAAAUUACAAUUCUGUCAUUAGGUUAAUUACUCACCCUCAUGUCUAUCCAAACCUGUAAGACCUUCAUUCAUCUUAGGAACACAAAUUAAGAUAUUUUUUGAUGAAGUUUGAGAGCUUUCUGACCCUGCAUAGAGAACAAUGUAAUGCACAUGACCCAGACCGAGAAACGCAGUAAGGACAUCAUUAAAAUAGUCCAUGUGACA